CAGCCCCUUCUCCCGAGCAGGAGAGGCGCCCCAAGCGCAGCAGCAGCAAAUCCGGCUUGCAUUGUUGGGAAGGGUGCGAAGUUGUACCCGUUACCUGUCUAAGUGGGGUUUAGGUCAGGAUGAGAUCAUUCAAGUCCAGAGGCAAAAAAAAAUGCAUAAGGGCCGGAGACAAUAACGCAAACAAAAUGUCAUUUUUUGCUGGAAAAUCACCCACAAGUGGGGACAGUUGCUGUUGUGUUCAUUUUCUGCUUGUGUUGCUUCCCUUUGGGGCAUCUGCUUUGGGCACCGUGGGAACAGGAUGCUGGGCUAGAUGGUCUGAUCCAGCAGCCAGGCUCUCCAUAUAGGAAACCAGUCAAAGACAAGUCCUGCUCUGCUGCUAAACUGGGAGAGAGACACCCAAACCUCCCAAGGAAGGAUUGCAUCCGAGCUUAGUCCCACCCAAAUCUGAGCAGACCCAUGGAAAUCGAUGCACGCGUGACUUAUUUAGGUCCAUUACUUUCAGCAGACUCCUGACCAUGCCUACUCAGAGUAUCUCUAUACACACAAAAGCGUCUCUACGCAUGCGCCCCUUGAGCCCCGGAUGUUGCUUUGCUUCAGGGGCCGCCUCCGCUCACUUUCGCGCGAGAUACCGGGAAGUCUCGCGGGAGCUGGAUUCAGCGGGAGCCGGGAAGGAUUGCCGCCAUGACGUCCGCGCUGGAGAACUACAUUAACCGUACUGUUGCUGUAAUUACUUCAGACGGCCGAAUGAUCGUGGGAACUCUCAAAGGUUUUGAUCAGACCAUCAACUUGAUUUUGGAUGAAAGCCAUGAAAGAGUGUUCAGUUCUUCACAAGGAGUGGAACAAGUAGUAUUGGGAUUGUACAUUGUAAGAGGUGAUAACGUGGCUGUAAUUGGAGAAAUUGAUGAAGAGACGGAUUCAGCCCUUGACUUGGGGAAUAUCCGAGCAGAACCUCUGAACUCAGUUGUACACUGAAGAAAGAAGAGUGUAUAAAAGGACUUCAGAAAUAUCUGGCUGUACAAAACUAUUUAUAGGAAGGCAUGGCUACUUUUCUUACAAGUUGAGGGUAAAAACCUGAAUAGUUUACACUUUUUAAUUUUGAGUCUUAUGGUUUGAUAUGUAUAAUAAAGUCUACAUUUUAUUGAA